AUGCGUCUUAGAACCCUGAUCACUUCCACCUCUCGUUACGUUGCCUACACUUCCGACAUUGGCGAAGCGUUCAGACCUCUGACAUCGCCCGUAUUCGUAAGAGCAUGCUACGGCAUCAGCUGGGCUUACUUGGUGGGAGACGUCGGCUAUGCUGGCUACAAGGCGCAUCAGCAACACGAGCACGACACGGCUGGCAUAGCUACAAGGGUGGAGGAUAAGGCAAAGGAGGCUAUGAAUGUAGGAACGGACAAGCUCAAACAGAUCGUCGGUGACUCGGGCCAAAGAGUGGAGCUAAGGAGGAGUCACGAUGGAAGCCUGGAGAAACACGCUGCUGGGCACAGUGAUUUCAGCCACGUUGGACUAGUAAUGGCGAGGAGGGCCGUGUUUCAGAGCAUUGCGAGGUGAGAGUGGUGCACAUGUAGGAAGAUAGCGUCCGAGAGAUGGUGGGGUAGGAGCACCUAGACGUUCACAGCUGACGGACCAGUCCCUGUCUGAUCGACGCCCGCACAGUAUGGCACUUCGUGAGUAGUCGAAUCGCAACGGCCACACAUAUAGACCACUCACAUUUCAACUACUCGGCUCUGACAUCAACGUCAUCUCCAGCGGCUUUCACAAUCCACAGUGUAAGUCUGAUCGAGAGCGGCCUGGCAGCUGGCAUUGGAAACGAACUCGAGCUAACGCCGCCGUUGUGUGCAGGUCGUGCGAUACUCGGCUCCCAUCUUUGCUCGGAGCGCAUCCAAGAGGGUCAGAGGUGCAGGGCCUACCAUCGCCGGUCUCGCCUUCGUUCCAGCCUUGGUGAGUUUGGUCGAACUUGAGCGAAGGGCUCUCGCGACACAAUACAGAUGCUGAACUCGUCUUGCACCGCCGCAGCCUUUCGUGUUCGAUCAUCCAGUCGGUGCGUAAUGUCGAGUGCUAGGCGUUACGCAGCGCUGAAUGAUUCGCAGGCUUGACACUGACGACUCUCUCCGAUCUCUUCAGAAACCGUCGUCGACCGAGUGUUUGACGUGAUCGAGGAGCAGUUCAUUGCGAAAGGAUCAAAGGAUACUUCGACGACAGAUGCAGCCAAAGCGGCGGUUGAACAGCUCAAGGCCAAGGUGCAGCAGACAAAGCAGAAGAUAGAAUAG